CUUUCCCUCGUCUUCCUUCUCCUUUGUUUAAACUUGGUGUUUCAAUCCAAGAAACACCGCAAAAACUUCCUUCCAUCUCCACCUUCACUCCCCAUACUCGGACACCUCCACCUCCUCAAACCUCUCGUCCACCGUUUCUACCACUCUCUUUCUAAAAAAUAUGGUCCAAUCUUCUCCCUUCGCCUCGGCUAUCGGCUUGUGGUGGUGGUUUCAUCUUCCACCGCGGCGGAGUAAUGCUUCACUAAGAACGAUGUACUUUUGGCUAAUCGUCCCAAGUUGAUCAUGGGGAAGUACACCGGCUACAACUACACCACAGUUACAACCUCAUCCUACGGUGAUCAUUGGCACAACUUCCGUCGUAUUGGCGCCAUUGAAAUCUUCUCGGCUAGGCGUCUCAAUGCCUUUGCGAGCGUUCGGGAAGAUGAGGUCAGGCGGAUGUUGGUGAAAUUGUCGCGUGACUCGCGUCGAGGGUUUGCAAGAGUAGACCUCAACUCCAUCUUUCGCGACUUGACGUUCAAUAACAUAAUGAGGAUGGUUGCAGGGAAGAUGUACUACGGAGAUGAAGUGAUGGAUGACGAUAAAGGGAGCGAGUUUACGGAGCUUAUAGCACAGGCGCUUAACUAUGGCGGAUCGGCAAAUCCUGCAGAUUUCUUGCCUGUGUUAAAUUGGUUUGGAGGAUAUGAGAAGAAGGUGAAGAAGCUUACGGAAAAAAUUGACGGAUUGAUGCAAGAGUUGAUAGAUGAGCACCGAUGUAAGAAGCUGGGUAAUAAUAAUAAUAACAAUAACAGUACGAUCCAUCACCUUCUUAAAUUGAAACAAUCUGAUCUUUAG